AAUGUUAGUUAUAGCCCCAUAGUAGCCGCCUGGUGGCGCUGUUCCCUCUUCCUGUGGCCCAGCUCAGAUGAGGGGGGUGUAAAUGAGGGAGGAGGCAGCAAAGGCAGAUUUGUCCACAUUUCCACAGCAGUCUGACACAGAGGCGCUUCCCAGUCGAGCUCAGUGAACAAAACCAAUCAGGGAAUCUCUUAUUUUAGCCUCUUUGAUUUGGAAAGAACCCUCCUUAAAUACUCCCACUACCAGUCUUUUUGUUUUUCUUCUUUUUUUCCUGCUCUCCCUUCCUGCGGACGCCUGGGCGCACAAACAGCUGAGGGGAUAUAAGUAGUUUCCAGCAGAGGAUCAGGAGCGCCUGGAAGAUGGGUUCAGUCCCACUCAUAUCUGCCCUCCUCCUGGGGGUCGUGGUUCCUUCCCUGGCCGGGUACAUAGAGGCUUUGGCUGCCAACGCAGGCACCGGGUUCGCUUUGUCCGAGCCCCAGGUGGCCAUGUUCUGUGGAAAACUCAACAUGCAUGUCAACAUUCAAACUGGUCGCUGGGAGCCUGACCCAUCAGGAACCAAAAGCUGCGUAGGAACCAAAGAGGGCGUGCUGCAGUACUGCCAAGAGAUGUAUCCAGAGCUCAAAAUCACCAACGUAGUGGAAGCCAACAAGCCUGUCCGCAUUGAGAACUGGUGCAAGAAGGAGAAGAAAGUGUGCAAAGGCCACGCCCAUAUUGUUGUGCCUUACAUGUGCUUAGUGGGCGAGUUUGUAAGUGACGUUCUUCUGGUUCCGGAGAAAUGCAAGUUCUUCCACAAGGAGCGUAAGGACAUGUGCGUCAGCCACCAGCAGUGGCACGGCGUGGCCAAAGAGGCCUGUUCCAGGAGCUCCAUGGUGCUUCACAGUUAUGGCAUGCUGCUGCCUUGCGACAUUGACAAGUUCCACGGCACAGAAUACGUCUGCUGCCCUGCCUCUCGCUCCGGGGAGUCGGCCCCCUCUUCCCUGCCCUCCCAAGAGGAGGAUGAUGACGAAGAAGAGCAGAUAGAGAACGAGGACAUCGACCUGAGUGACAGUGUUGCUCUGGAGGAGAGUGAAACACCGGCGGACGAGGAACCCACUCAGAAGGAGGAGCCUGUGGAUGAAGAUGAAGAUGAAGAGCAGCAAGAGGAGGAGGAGGAGGAGGAGGAGGAAAAUGAGGAGGAGUACCACUAUGUGUAUGAAGAUGAGGAGUCGGACAGAGAUGAUGAGGAGCAGAGGAAAGAAAGCAGCAAAUCAUCAGAGAAACUCGAUGAUGACAAGAUUUUAGAAGAAGUAAAAGCCGUGUGCACUCUGGAGGCUGAGACCGGCCCCUGUCGUGCCUCCAUGCCUCGCUGGCACUUCGACGUCAGCCUGAGGAAGUGCGUUCGCUUCAUAUACGGUGGCUGUGCCGGCAACCGCAACAAUUUCGACUCCGAGGAGUACUGCAUGGCUGUGUGCAAACGCCUGACUGUGCCGCCGACUCCUCAGCCCACCGACGAUGUGGACAUCUACUUUGAGACUCCUGCCGACGACAAAGAGCACAGCCGCUUCCAGAAGGCCAAGGAGCAGCUGGAGAUAAGGCACCAUAAUCGCAUGGAGAGGGUAAGGAAGGAGUGGGAAGAGGCUGAGCGGCAGGCUAAGAACCUGCCCAAGGCUGAGAGACAGACGCUGAUCCAGCACUUCCAAGCUAUGGUGGAGUCCCUGGAGGAGGAGGCUGCCAGCGAGAAGCAGCAGCUGGUGGAGACUCACCUCGCCCGAGUGGAGGCUAUGCUGAACGACCGCCGCCGCAUAGCCUUGGAGAACUACCUGGCUGCCCUGCAGGCGGACCCUCCCAGGCCCCACCGUAUCCUGCAGGCCCUUAGAAAGUACGUCCGUGCCGAGAACAAGGACCGCCAACACACCAUCCGCCACUACCAACAUGUCCUGGCUGUGGAUCCGGAGAAAGCAGCUCAGAUGAAGUCUCAGGUGAUGACCCACCUGCGGGUGAUCGAGGAGAGGAUGAACCAGAGUCUAUCUCUCCUCUACAAAGUACCUUACGUGGCCGAGGAGAUUCAGGAUGAAAUUGACGAGCUGCUCCAGGAGCAGAAGGCUGACAUGGACCAGUUCCUGUCCUCCAUCUCUGAAUCACAGCCUGACGUCACCGUGCCGUCGGAGGAGGGCGUGGUAAUCCCCUACUCUGAGGGCAAACCCUACCGGCCCAUCCAGGUCAAGUCCCUGGGGUCCCGCCCGGAGCCAGAAGGCGACCUAGCAGACUCCCCACGUGCCUUCAAGAAAGGCUCUGCCAUGGCUGGUCUGGAUGGUCUGAUCGGCGCCGAGGAGAGAAUCAUCAACAGCAAGCCGAAGAUGGGAGAAAACGUGGUGAUUGAUGAGUCUCUGGAUGUUAAGGAAGUGGUUUACAGUGCUGAGAGAGUCAGCGUUAUGCAUGGUGAUGAGCUGGAGUCCUACCGCCCCCUGGGAGGGGACUUCAGCUUUAGCAGCACCGCACUGAUUGGCCUGCUGGUGAUCGCUGUGGCCAUAGCAACUGUGAUUGUGAUCAGCCUGGUGCUUCUGAGAAAAAGGCAGUACGGCACCAUCAGCCACGGCAUCGUAGAGGUGGACCCCAUGCUGACGCCAGAGGAGCGACACCUAAACAAGAUGCAGAACCACGGCUAUGAAAACCCCACCUACAAAUACCUGGAGCAGAUGCAGAUCUAACCUGAACCUGGAGGGGGCGCCGUGGAGCCUGGCUGAGGACAGUCUCUGACAGGGGGAACAUACUACUGACCAAUAACAAAUGAUGCUAUUGUUAAAAUCCUUUGCAUACAUCCAAACUCCAUUUACCGGUUUGUUCAGAACAAUCCUUAAGUAACGCUUCUACUACUGCUACUGUUGUACUAUAGAGCUCUUUUUGACCAUGUGUCUGAUGUUUCUGCCAAUUCGCAAAAUAGAAAAAGAUUUAUCUGUAAUUAUCAAGACAGAUCAAGAUGUAUAACAUUUCUUCUGAAAUUUUUAUGAUGUGAAAAACAAAUCAAGUUUCUUUAGUCAUCAAACUGGCACUACAUUUAGUUCGGGUUUUUUUCACCAUGCAGACUGAUGGGUUUCAUUAAAUAAUCGGUGUUUUAAUGUGUUCUUUUUAAUCUCAAUAGAUCGCUUGUAUAUGAAGGUUCUUUGUACCAAUCAAAAUAUUUAGUGAAAAAAAAACAAGAAACAAAUGGGGAGGGGGGAUAAAUUCAUGAUUUAUUUCUUUGCUUUGUUAUAAUAACAAAUAUACAUGAAAUGUUUAGAUAUACAUAAAUAUAUAUAUAUAUAUAUAUAUCAAAUUAGAUGUUUUUAUUCCACUUUUUUUCUCAAAGGAAUACAUUAUGAAUUGGUUUGGGUUUUUUUUUAUUUUCCUGUCUUGUUUUUUAUGUGAUGGUUACGAAUGUUUGCAAGGCAGGCGUUAAAGAGGGAGAU